AUGGACAUGGAAUUGAAUGCACCUCUCCUCCGUCCCACCACCCCAAUCUCUGCCCACAGCUCUUCCAUCACCUCCUCUACCUACCGCACCUUCAAACUCAGCCGUAGCAGACCCCUCUCCACCUACACCCACACCUACACCCACACCUACACCUCACCAUUUUCGCAUUCCAAAUUCCCCAUCCUGAGUCCCCAAUCCUCCGGCUCCUCAACUUCAUCCCAUUCAUCCAGCUCACGCUCAUCAUCCCGAAACUUUGAUUCCAGCUGUCUGAAGCCCUCAGCGACCCUCUCACGCACGCGAUCCCUCUACACAAAAUUCAACACUGAAGUACAAUUUAUAAAAUUGAAGUUGACAGCUCGAAGAAGAAAGGGGAAAGAAGGGAGAUGGGUUAAGAUUGAGGGGGAGGGGGAGAAUGAGAGGAGAGCUGAGGUGUUUUGGAGGAGGAUAGAUGGGGGACAGGGGAUGAUUCCUUAUGGUGGGGUGGGGAGGGAGAGAUUGGAGUGA